CUUCCUCCGCUGCCGCCCAUCGCGAAGCUCUCGCCUCGCGUGAUCCGCGUCUUGGGACAAAACCCGAGCGCGUUCACGCUGCAGGGCACGAACACGUACCUCGUCGGCACGGGAAAGACGCGAUGGCUGAUCGACACCGGCGAGGGGAAGCGCGCGUACGCGCCGCUGCUGCGCCGCGCGAUGAAGGCGCACGGCGUGGAAGGAUUAGAAGGCGUCCUCCUCACGCACUGGCACGGAGACCACGUCGGCGGCUUAGCCUCCGUGCGCGCGAUGUUCCCGGACGUCGCCGUCGUCGCGCACAAGCGCGACCCGCGCGCCGCGCGGACGUACGCGGACGUCGCGGACGGAGCCGUCUUCCGCGCGACGGGCGCGACGAUCCGAGCGAUGCACACCCCGGGUCACUCGGAGGAUCACGUCGUGUUCGUCCUCGAGGAAGAGGGCGCGAUGUUCGCCGGGGAUUGCGUUCUGAACGGGAACACCGCGACGUUCGAGUGUUUGACGGAGUACAGCGCGAGCUUGGAGAGGAUGGAGCGAGAAGGCCGCCUGUACCCCUCGCACGGAGAAGUCAUCAGAGACGGCGUGAAGAAACUGGCGGAGUAUCGCAAGCACCGGUCGUGGAGAGAAAACAUCUUCAUGGACGAGCUCCGCGACGGCUGGCGACGCGACCCCCGCUCGGGCGGGAUGACCGCCGCGGAGCUGUGCGACGUCGUGUAC